CCGUGCAUGGUGGACAGUCUGCAAACGUCUUCGCUGGCUUGGUGAAUCGACAAGGGGAUCCAGUUGGUAUCGGCCUGGACAGCACCAACGUCUGGGGGAUCAAUCUGAACGUCUGCUAUGACUAUUGUGGGUGGGACAAACUACAGACAGUAAGUGGUUUGAGGCAAUCACAAGAGACGUAAGCCCAACAUGCCGACAUCAAUGCAGGUCUUCAGCUUCCAAAUCUUCUCAGCCGGCGCGACGAACUACUUGUUGCCAUGGCUCGCACUUACAGCGCAGCUACCAUUCGAGACGGGAGAACACAAUGUAAUCGCCAACUUCAUGAGUUUUUGUAUCGCUCUAGGCAGCCCGAUGCUUAUCACGUACUCGCUCAUGAUUACUAUCCUUAAUCAGCACUGGCUUAGGACGCAUUUCAGAGAGCUAGAGCGUAAUAGUCCUGUAAAGAAGACCGUUAAGAACGCCCGCAUAUUUCUCCAGGAAAGCCAACAAGUUCCAUUACGGGUCUCGCAAGAGGACGGCAGCCUUGCAAGUCUGAUCGUACUAACAGAGAACAAGAUAUGGUGGCAACGACUGAGGGAGCAUGUUGAGAGAACAAGACGUGGCGUGACCCUAUCUCUGAUCGCGCAGAUCAUUGUGGCAAUCCUUUCUUGGGUAUUAACAGUCAUUGCUGCGUUUCUGUCAUCUCUGGGCAAUCCAACUGAGGCUCUUAUUUUGGCGGGAGGAUCACUUUGGGUGUGGCUGGUUCCUGUCAUCUGUGGUUGGAUUUCGGUAGGUACUCAAAAUGACCACAGCACCAUCAUACACGCUCUAGACCGAGAUGAUGCAGUAGUGGCAGCGUCGAUGGUGGUUCCACCAGAAGUCAACACCAGUGUACGCAACCGCCACUUCUCCCACGCUACCUCGAGGACACUUAGCGUCAGUCCAUUCGACCAAGAUGCGAUUUCAGCCAUCUCAGCGACAAGCGACAAGGCUGGCGUUGAGGAAUUCGACCCUUUGAAUGGGAUCGGCCAGUACACUUAUUUGGCCAAACAGAAAGCGUUUCGCAUAUCUCAUGCCAAGGAUCUGAUGCAGCCUAUGGUGAAGAGGAAACUCGAGUCCCGCCGAAUCAGACUAGAAGAUGCGAAGACAGUACCGGGCUGUUUUGGUUUCAGUAUCGCUGGCGACGAGAAACAAGAAGGACCGACCUUUAAUUAUGCGCGUAUGUUCACAUGGUGGUACAUAGCAAAGCAGGUUCAUCUAACAUUUGAGCACGCGUCACAUAAUCUCAGUGCUCGAAGAGAUCUGACUGGGAAGGAGAUGCCCGAGUACAUGGAGUUCCAACACAGGUCUUUGAAGGGCGACAACAUAAGCGUGAUGCAGUAUUGCGGGUUGGCCAACAGAGAUGGGGAAAAUAUCGAAGCAAAAAGCCUACCAGAAUAUCCAGAAUGGAGUGACCUUGAUGCAGCUUUUUGGCAAAGAACGAUCAUCUCGACUGUGAUGGCUGUGUUUGUGCAGUGGGGUUCUACUGGCGCCGCAUUGACCAUCGCAUAUCUGACCGAAGUAACUGGGUUGGGGUGCCGUUCGGGGAGUUAUGUGGUAUAUGGCUCCCUUGGAACCAUGUCGUUCAUUCUCCUCUUCGCUUCAUCAUUCUUUUCGCAUGCUGCAAUGCUGGGCCAUCAGAGGAUGCACAUGGCCAAUGCAAUUGCGCUCGAGUCAGGCACACCGCCAGCUUCACCUCCGCCGUGGCUACCUUGGUAUCGUAUAUGUGCCGUGACGACGCGGAUAUUCGGGCGCAUAAUUGUUGUGUUUAAUGCGACAUGGCUAAUACUAAUUUCUUUCUGGGAGCUCGUUGGGUUUUUCAAUAAUUGCUGGUGCGAUGGUGUAACAUUGACGAGAGGCAAUAGGGGCUUCAUCAUUCUUUUCAAGGACGCUGCUGAAAUGGCACCUGCAGCCGUUCCCGCAUGGGCUGGUGGCGUUUUUUUAAGUAUCUCAGUGGUGGCAGUCUCUUCUGGUGUGUUUUGGUUAUUUUGCCGUGGGAAUCGCAGGUAGUGAAAUAUUGAAUCAUGCGGGUGACAUGGAAUUAAUAGUAUCCCAAUAUUAGCCAAAGGCAAGCUUGGUAACCAAGUGCUACCUAUUCACA